GGAGUCAAAGUGACGAUGAAGUGCAGCAUGGGUCAAGGGUUAGAUAUGAGCAGUUACACCAUGCUCUGGUACCGGCAAAACCACCACGGAGCUGCAAUGGAGUUCCUCGUCAAAGAGUACGAUGAAACUGUGGGCCACUUCCAGUCAUCGAUCGACACAUCCAAAAACAGCUUCUUUCUUGAAAUUACUGAGCUGUACCCUAACGACAGCAGCACCUACUACUGUGCUGCCAGUCACAGUUCCUCUGUUGGUGUGAAAGUUCACCAGCCUUCAUUAGGAUUCAGCCGUGAAGGAGACCCGGCUGUAACCUUGCAGUGUGAACAAGAUGAUGAACAAUAUUUCUACAUGUUUUGUAGAGGAGACAUUCAGUGUGACACUGGAUCUGAAGCUUACUUUGGAAAAGGAACAAAACUCACUGUUUUGGAAGUUGACAAAGACAUUACUGGACCAACAGUGAAAGUGCUUCAACCUUCGCCAAAGGAGUGCAAAAAUAAAAAAGACAAAAUAAGGAAGAAGACCUUGGUUUGUGUGGCCACUGAAUUCUACCCAGACCAUGUCAGCGUAUACUGGCAGAUCAGUGGGGAAAAUAUCACUGACGGUGUGGCGACGGACGAGGCUGCCCAGUGGAUCCCGGGAGAGAAGUUUUACCAAAUUACCAGCAGGUUGAGGGUUCCUGCCGAAGAAUGGGAAAACUCAGAUAAUAAAUUCCAAUGCAUUGUCAAUUUCUUCAAUGGAAGUGCUACUGUCCCUUACUCAGAUUCAAUUUAUGGUGAAGCUUCGACAACAGCAAAUAAAAUGACAAGAGAGAAAUAUUUGAAGAUCACACAGACUGCCAAACUCACAUACGGUGUUUUCAUCGCCAAGAGCUGCAUCUACGGGGCCUUUGUACUGUUUCUGGUGUGGAAGCUUCAGGGCUCAAAGGGAAAGCAGAAGUACUGAGAGCUGAGGCCAAAUCAGUUCUAGGAGAUCUAGAAGAAGAUGUUGGUUUCUGUAAAUAAAGGUUGAAAACGUUUCACAACUUUGUAUAUUGCAGUGCAUUUGCAUUUAUUACUCAAUUACAUAAUCAAAUUCUGCUAAAAUAGAUGAACAGUUCUAUACAUAUUAGUUUUUUAAUCUUAAAGCUGCUUUGGCAUCACAUUUGAUGAAUACUUAGAAUAAUAAUCCUGUGUUUCUAAGGCACUUUUUUGCUUAAUAUUCAUCUAAAUAAAAACUUUUCAGAGGAUGCCAUCAA